GUAAAUUUACAGUGGCAAUUCUUAUUAUUGUACUUAUCUACAAAGAAAAUCUAUAUAUAUACAAGCUGCUUCUGGCCACCGUAUACGUAUAACCGAUAUACACAUAUAUAUAUUGCUCUUACACUGUUUAAUAUUUUUUCCCUCCUGCUGUUGUAAAUAAAUUUUGACGACACUAAGCAGAUAUCGCGAACACAAAGGGGAAACAAACUACAGAUUUAUUUGUGGAUAUUUACAAAAGAGAAAAGUCACACCAGUAUUAUCAUCCAAAUACAUAUACACCAACGGGAUGAGUGUCAACACCAGAGUCUACUCGGUGGCAAAGGUCUACGCCGACGUUAAUGCCAACAAGCCCACUGAAUAUUGGGAUUAUGAGAACCAUGUCAUCGAAUGGGGCGAUAUUCACAAUUAUGAAAUCAUUAGUAAAAUAGGACGUGGGAAAUACUCUGAGGUUUUCCAAGGGGUAAACAUUCUCAACGAUGAAGCAUGUGUGAUCAAGGUGCUCAAGCCUGUGAAGAUGAAAAAGAUUUACCGUGAAGUUAAAAUUCUUAAAAAUUUGACAGGAGGCCCCAACGUGAUAGGAUUACUUGAUAUUGUUCAUGAUAAACAAUCAAAGAUCCCAGCACUUAUCUUUGAAAAAAUUAAUAAUAUUGAUUUCAGAGUGUUAUAUCCAAAAUUCACUAUCCCCGACAUUCAAUAUUAUUUCACUCAAUUAUUGAUUGCUUUAGAUUAUUCUCAUUCUAUGGGGAUUAUUCAUCGUGAUGUGAAACCUCAAAAUAUCAUGAUUGACCCAUUAAGUAAGAAAUUGAGACUUAUUGAUUGGGGGCUUGCCGAGUUCUACCAUGCAGGUAUGGACUACAACGUAAGAGUUGCUAGUAGAUAUCAUAAGGGACCAGAACUUCUUGUGAAUUUGCAACAAUAUGAUUAUUCAUUGGAUUUAUGGUCAGUAGGAUGUAUGUUGGCAGCAAUCAUAUUCAAAAAGGAACCAUUUUUCCGUGGUGACUCCAAUAAUGAUCAACUUGUCCAAAUAGCUAAAGUGUUGGGUACAAAGGAUUUAAUGGCAUAUGUGAAUAAAUAUGGUAUUAGACUUUCCAAAGAUUAUGAUUCAAUCUUGGGUAAUUACCCUAGAAAGCCAUGGCUGCAAUUUAUUAAUGCUGAAAACGAGAAGUUUAUUUCUGAUGAAGUAAUCGAUUUUAUUGAUGUGCUUUUAACAUAUGACCAUCAAAAGAGACCUACUGCAAAGGAAGCAAUGGAACAUCCAUUUUUUAAAUUAUAAACCGGUUUCCAAGAUAAUAGUGAGGGUGAAUGAGAGAGUGAAUGAACAAGAGAGGGAAGAUAUAACUUAAGCCAGAUAAUUUAAUGCCCAGUUUUUAUUCUGGU